AUAUUCAGACAUAGGGUCGUACUAUAACUGGUGAGAAAUUCUUUUCAUUUUCAAAUAUCACAAGGAAGAAAGGAUGGAUCAAAGUAACACAUGCUGGAAAUGAUUUCAGGAUGAUUUUCCUAGUAUUGCGAGUACAUGUGAUAACGUUAGAUUUGGUCUAUGGCCUAUGGGGAGUAAUCCUGGCCUUGCUUGAUUUCAAUUCUCUGAUUGUCCCACAUAUUCGAUUUCGCGUUAGGCCUGCGUUAAUACCUAGGCUAAGGCUAAGCCCACUCACACAACAUGCGAGAUUCUGGUGUAAUCAUCUUGUUGUAUUUGAAAACGGAACUGGAACAAGGAAAACCUCUUUGAAAAGCUUUAUUGAAAGCAACCAGCAUGAUAUCUUCAAAAUGGUUCUCUACGGGAAAUGGAUUGGUACCAUCGUGGAUCACAACGCUCUAAAAUACAUCUGCUUUAAUCACAUGAUAACAACCUACAUCCUUACCAGUACUGUCAUGUUUCUUAUGACCUUCCUGAACUUUUCAUCACCACGCCUAGCAACAGUUGCCAUGUCCGCCCUAAUGUCUCUCUUCAUUGUCACGCUGUCCAUAAAGUUUGCAUACCAGAUGACGCAUAGUUUUAAAACCCAUUUUGAAUUUCACGGAUAGAUUGGGUGAGGGUUACUCUGACAUAUCAUCUGGCUUGUAAAUUUAAAAGGUCACCAUUUUCAUCCAAGAAAGAUACUACACUUCAAUAGGGGAAGAACUUGACAUUAAUGUAUUGAAUAAAUACUAGUAUUUACAAUGUAAAUGUGUUCCAAGUACCUUCACAGCACUUAAUUAUGAUCUCCGUGAACUGGCAAAUGACAGAGACCAUCAUUGACAACGUUGGAGUCAAGUGUAUCUUCUUCAAUUACGCCAUCUCAUCUUGCCUCGUCUCCAUAUUUGUCCUUUUUCUAAUGUCCGUCAUCCACUCCACUCCCCGCCUCCCAGUGGGUGCUCUGUUGUCUCUCCUGACGCUUCUCCUUGUCAGCUUGGCUAUAGAGUGCGCUCAUCAGAUUGUACUUUGGAGAUUCUUGAGCCAUGAUUCUCAGUCAUUGACACAAAGGCAGCACUUUGCUUAUAGUUUUUUUGGAAGCCCUUUGACAUAGUCUUCGAUAAAUUUUAGACAUGUUCCUUUGAGCUGACUUGUGAUCACUUGAUCAAUCUAUGAAAUUAUAGUUUCAGCCAAGAAUAUAAAUGAACAUGAGCUUGAGGUGAAUCCAUCUUUAAACUUUAACCUAUUCCGUUGAGAGCGAACUAAGGUGCUUUCAAUGAAGCUGUGAUCUUCCUGUGGUGAUCUAUUAUAUAGUAACUCAAAGAAAGUUAAGAACGCAUAUUAGUGGUAGUGGUAUACCAGCUUGCAGUGAGAACUCUCAUUUCAUUCCAAGAGUAAUCUUCAAGAUGGGUGAUUACUACAAUGAAAACCAGCGGUCCAACUUCCUGGACUUUGAGAAGGUCAGGGAUGAGACGAAGAGUGUGGUGAUGGAGGGGACCAAGGAGUGUCCUGCCCAUGCUAUCAUCCUGUGCGCCUGGAACAACAUCCUUGGACCGCAUCUCCAGCAUAUAUGGCAGACUGAAGGUAAACCUGAGAUGAGCCACGAGAUGAUUCACUAUCUCACCACCCAUACUCUCACAUCCAGUGAUCAACCUCAGUCUGCCAUAGAAACUAAGACACUCCUCCUCAGAGACAAGGGAUUGGUGAUUUCAACAUUCCUAUUCAGUGGAUGUGACCGUCAAGAGAAGACGGUCUUUGCCCUGUCCCUUAUUGUUCCGUACGGCCUCAAGUCCUGGUACCUGCCUCUGGAAGACUUCUGUGCUGCCCGUCUGACAGCAAUGAUCAGCAAACUCAGGGUGCUUCAGGACAAACAGAAGUUUGAGGUUGAUCCAAUUCAGAUUCUUGAUGCUGAGAUUCCUAGUCUUUACUGUGCCUUGGGUCUUCUCUUCAUGGUCCCCAUGCCUACACAAGUCAAUCUAAAUGAUACAAUUUUUGCAGCAGGCCAAGGAAAGCAGCUAGAUGUACAGUUCACGAGAAAGGCCAUAGCAUCACACCUUCAGACCUGUGGAUGUUCAGUAGUCAUAGGCAACAGUAAAGAAGAAGUCAACAUGAUGCUGAGUACAUUGAGUAUGUUCCUUACUCCCGAUGAGAGGAAAUGUUCAGUGUAUCUGAAAGAUGAGAAGCAGAUUGAAUACCAGAGAGAUCUACUCCUACAAGGAUUCAUCAAGGAUAAAAUCAAUCUCUCAGACUAUGGACGUGAUAUUAUGGCAAGCCGCUAUCCAACAACCCUUGUUGACAUGAGUGCUCUAGAAGUCAAGCAAACGCUACCCUACAAUGAACAUGACUAUUGGAGACAUGAAGCCCUGACUUGGGAGCUACAAUCACUAUGGUUAGACAGCCAAGAAACAUUGCCAGUGUUGAAGUUUUCAAGUCUCGAGCCAGAAACUCUGAUUACAAGCUUCUUAAAAGAGAUAUUCUUACUAUACCCACAGUGUGGGAUCCGAGAAGCUUACAUAGAUCAGUUCCAAAGGAUACUGGAUAGGAGGGCCAUUGCCUUGAUCAAAUAUGUGGAAUGUGAAACAGAUCGAGGUACCCAUCCCAGCAAGGUCACACUCAGGAAGCUAAAACAUGACCUCGACCUCAACCCAGAAGGCAAUUUCCGUAUUGUCCUCUCACGAGCGGAAAAGCUCCGUCCAGGAAUGAGCGCCCUCAUAUGUGGGCAUCCGGGUGCAAUCACAAAGGAUGGUGACUCCUUACAGAUUGACUAAGGUCUCACAGCAUCCGUCCAUGAUCACAGAGGAUGGCGAUUCCUUAAGAAUGACUUAAGUCUCAUAGCAUCAGGCCGCAAUCACGGAGGAUGGCGACUCCGUACAGAUCGACUAAGGUCUCACGGCUGCGUGAACGUUCGGUAUGUGUGUUCUUAAAAGAAUUAUUGUUAAAACUCUUGAUAUGUCAUACAACUCUAUGGAAUUCAUCUGACCAGCAACUCAGGCAUGUUCAGAAUUAAUCGUAAGCAGAAGGUGACUUUUACAUGAUUUUAAGAUAUAGGUAUAUUCAAUCUCUGUUAAUCACUUGGACUGGAUUCACAGUUCGUAAGGAAUGCAUGACCUUUUGCACAACAGAUGGCUGUUUCUCAUUGUGAAUUCCAUCAGCUAAAUUCAGUAUCUGAUCUUUGGAGGUCAAUUCUCAUUGUUAACAAACAUCUGCAUGAAAAUUUUAAUUUUUUAUAAAAAUUGGUAAUGGUUGUACAAAAAACACCCCCAUUCUUUGGAAUAGAAAAUUUAGGGAAUUUCAUUGAGUGCAAGAAAGUGUCACCGGUCACGCAUGAAGUCUGCAUUAACAAACAGCUUAAUACCCCCUGGACCAAUACAGUAGGAACUGGUCCAGUGCGUGUAUGGCCAAUAAGUGUUUCCCUUAUUAACAGAUCCAUAACACUACAUGGACCUAAAAACAUGCCAUGCAUUCCUAUGGGAAAUUUCAUACUCCUAAUGUUAAACAGCAGUCGAAUCUGUAACAUUCUUGUGAGUCUUUGACCCCAAUAUCUACUUAGAAAAUUUCCCACAGCAACAAUUGGCGCAAUCCAGCUUUCUGAUGGUCCUAAUGUGAAAGGGUUCAGGGCAUUAGAGCAGGUUGGAUCGGUCCUGGAACGUUUAUGUGAAUAGGGCAUAACUCCCGAAGACAAUGUCAUCAUGAAACAAUAGAUUUGAGUUGUUUUUGAUUGGUUAUGUAGAUCAUGACAGACCUUUGGAGCUCCAAGAAAUUAUUGUUAAACUUAUUGUUAUGUUGAUUUCUACAUGUAUGUAACCUUUAGUUUUCCAGAUAGAUUUCUGUGUAACUUUAAUCAGUUUAGAAAGUUUUCUGCUACAUGUAGUUUUUCAAUAUUUAAUUUGCUUUAUAUAAGUACAACAUACAUUCUUUUUCUUUUUUAUUUGUUUAAUAAAGGUGUCAUUUGUAAAAAGUAGUGAAUAUUUCUAGAAUACAUGAAUAUUUCUAUAUUUAGGGUCAUGUGUGUGAUAGCAAUAGGGAGUUUGCGCAACUGUAAUGGGGACGUAAUCAAGAAUACAUCAAAUAUUAUUUGUAAUGAUCAUGCCCAUCAAAUGACAAAGAGCAGCUAGUACAGGUAGGUCUUUGUCGAAAAUUGCUGACCCGUAACAGCAGCUUCUUCCUACGUUUUUGGAGCUGAGGAGCAAUUGCAAAUUUAUAUAUCAUUUGUCCAGAGUCCAGGACAAAUCUGCUGUUUUGAUUCACCAAUUUUUAUUUAUACUUCUUGGUUGUGCUUUGUCAUUCAGGGCAUUUAAGACAUAUAUUUUCUAUGUUCUUGAAUACGCUGUGCAUAGUGGAAGAACGAACUCCCUAAUAUCUAUCAAGAUCACAAAGUUACCAUUCCUAAUCUAAAUGAGCCUACUGAAAAGAAAACAUAUUUAAAAUUGUAAUAUCAAAGUGUGCAGAAGCAAUAUGAAUGUCAUUCAUACGUGCAAUUCCAGGCUAUUGCAAGGCUCCCUGUAGUAAUAAAAGCAAAUUCAAUUUAAACUGAAUUGAUUCAAUUGAUUGAAUUGAUUAAUUCAAUUGAUGUCACGUAUCGACUGCAAAUUGAAGCCAAUUUCCCACAAGGCUUGCAGUAAAGCAGAAUAUUGAUAGAUUUUCAUAUUCCUACCAUUAUUCAGAAAUUUAAAUGAGAGAAGUUUCCGUAUUUGAACUUUGACACCAUUCUCAUUACGGAAACCAGUUUGGAAGAUCGUUUUGCUAGCGUUCCCACUUGAUCACACAAAAGUGGUUUUCAAAAUCACUUCAUGUAAAGCGAUCUUGCUGCUAUGGAAACGCUCUCAGUAGGGUGACACGUUUCGCGCGAAAUGCGAAACCGCAGUGUAGGCAUUUUGCACCUGUCUUGUGGAGUAGCACGCGCAAAAUGUGCGAAGAUUGCUUCCCGAAGAAUGGUUGUGUCCUCACGCUAAACCAGUUUAAUGUGGCAAAGGGAUCUUGAAAACUACAUCGCGAGGUGGUUUUCUGAACCGGUAUGAAAGAUCGCUUCUAAGAUCGCUUCAACCGUUCUCACUACACGUUAUAAACUAGUUUUAGGAAGGUAGUGAGAACGGCGUCUUUCUUAUUUCAUUCCAAAUGCAAUUUGUUAAUAAAUUAAUGAUUAGAUUGUAUGGUGUAUGUAUGGCAGGCUUAAUUGAAAACCAGUUUUCAAUUUGGAUUUUUUUUCAGUAUUUGUUUUGUCUAAUUUAAAAUUUAUGUUCAGAUCAUAUUAUUUUCAACCUGGAAUACCCCUUGAAUGAAAUUUUAUAUAUAUGUUGAAUUUUCCACAUUUCACAUCAAGGCUCUUGGUAGUAUUCUCCUAAGAGAUAUCUGAUCCACAUUGUGCUGUACACAACCUUGGUGGCGUAAAUGGGUACCUGGUAGGAAUUUAUAAAUUGAAACGUUUGAGCACAUAACAGCAGCUUGGCUAAAGCCAGGGUAACUAUACUGCAUAAGUGUAGUCUGAUUAGAGACUUCUGAUAAAUAGGCAUUAGGCUGUACAUGGGCAAGUAUGAUUAUUAUGAUUACCAUAUGCCCACUAUUGAUAAAUUAAUUUUACUCUUGUUUUGCAGUUGAAGAGCGCUAGAUUGAAUUUGUUAUAUUACUUGAAAAAGACAAUGAUAUAUACAUACAUGUAUACUAUUGAGAUUGAAUGUUUUACUGUGGUGUAUAUUGUGCCUGUGAUUAGUAAGCCAAGACUAUGUUCAUGAAUGCAGCAUGAUGAACUCUUGCGUCUGGAUCUAUUCCUAGGCAUAUGGUUCCAGCCAAUCAGGAGCCAUCUUUCAUGAAUGCUCAACUCACACAUUAACAAUGGACAAUGCAAAGCAGUAGUAGUGCCCAUUGUUUUUAAUUAUCAGUAUAAUUGUUUUCUUUUUUGGGGGUCUGGCAUUCCACAAGAAAGAGAAUACUGAUUUCUGAGCUGCCAAGUAGUACAGAUUAUCCGUAUUUAGCACUGGAAACUGAGAAGAAUACUGAUGUUUUCAUACAAAAUACUGAUUUCUUAAGUUUCGGGUUUAUGCGUCUCCCGAUGGUAUUUCUUUAAAAAUACUGAUUUUCAGCUUUUAAAAUACUGAAAUGUUCUUGAUCAGGUUGGCAGAUCUGUGAUGUAUACACAAAGCAAGGAGGAGAACAAUAAUUAUAGCAAUGUAUCGUUACAUGAUAAGUUCAAUUAAUUGGUCAGUUAUUGUAAAUUUCGUGCCCCAGUACUGAGCGUUAUACACAAGUUUUCCCUGCCGAUGAAGUGCAAAAGGCUCACCAGAAAGCUUGUUAGUAUUUAGUCUCUUUGUGAGUUCUGUUUUCUUUAUUGUGGUGUACUGGUGAUAAGCAAACUUAUGUCAAUGGAGGUUAUGGAGCCUCGUCAGAAUGAAUCUCAUCAUUACACACUUGUGCAUUCAUUCUUGUGUUAUUCAUGUUCUGGAGUUUCUAUGUAAGAUUGAUUGUAAAAAAAAAUUAAGUAUAGUUUAUUGACAUUUUAUUAUUGUAUGCUACAGUACUGGUAUGCUGCGAUGAAU